AUGCUUCAAUUCUCCUACAAUCAGCCGGCCACUUACCUCACCAGACAUGAGCGCCAGCGGAACGUUCAUUUAACAGAACAGAAUCGCACCACUUUUUCGCAUUAUCCUAGUCAACUCAGUCUCUUUGGAUGCCAGCGUUGGCUGGUUGGCAAUCGCGCUGCAGCCGAUGGUCGCAUCAGUACCGACAAUUUUGAAGCAAUCUUUAAGGGAGACGGGCAGUCCGUGCAGGGGGGCGCGGACAACGCAGUUGACCUGUCGCAUAUGGAGUGUCUCGUCAGCACAAAAGCCAGCUUUUGCUCCGAGAUUGCUGCGUCUGUCUGUAAUCUCGACUUCGUGUGGGGAAAGUAUACCAGACUCAUCUGGAGAAUAUUCGUUACGUUUAACUGGCUUUCGGAAACAGCGCCGGGCCAGAAUUUGGGUGAAGACGAUAAGAAGCUUCGACGCCAUUCGGCUUCUCCCGGUCCUGAGGUCUGGGUUAAGAACAUGUCAGGGUACGUCGGCCUUGACGCCCUCGAGCACAUCAUAGACCUACUUCAAGUCGGUGCUCCAGGUGUCGGCCGCGGCCAGCCAGAGAACGCCAAAGGUUCCCUCGACAAUCUACUUUUGACCUGCAAUUGGAGCGACGAUACAGCCCAGGGACGAAAUCAUUCCACUAACCCUCGCGCGUCAAGUAAAAAACGAGGACAAGUGGUUGCCUUUGACCAGAUAAAUCAAGUCAACAGCGCGGUGCUAUGA